GAAGGCUCGAAAGUGAGUGGCGUCUGCUAGUAUAGAAACCAUCAAUUUGCGACUUUCUUCACGAACUGGUUUACAUAAAACUGAAAAUCUUCAACGAUGGACAAAAAGGGUGGAGGAGAGACAACACCGUCACCGAAACUUAAACGUGGAGGCACACUGUCGCGAGAACAGUACAAUUUAUUUGUGCGAUAUUUAACAACAAAACUUCGACCGUCAAAAAGCGAACUGAAACAAGCAAAUUUGCUAGAUUCACCUCAGAGUAAGCAUAAACAUGGCUAUGGGUUGUCUGGCCGCUUUUUAGGUUGGGCGAAAAGGAUGACACUUCGAGAGACUGACAAUGUCCUUCUGCUGAAAAGGAAUGGAAAAGAAAUUUUAUGUCGAGAAGAUUUUGAAUCGGCUGUCAGGCAAAUGAACGAGUCAUUUCUGGGAACUCAUCUUAGUUUUUCGGUCACAUUGAGAAAGAUGCGAGAGAAGUACACGAUGGGCAAGCGUGAGUUUGGCAUGAAUGAGGACACCAUUAGAGAAGUGCUGUUCACUUGUGUUAAAGCAGACUGCCCAUGUAAAAAGGUGAAAAAAGUCCCAAGAGAAGAAGUGAUUGGGCCUCAACCUAUCAGAGAAACCAAAAGCUGCAGUUCCCUGCCGAAUAAAACUACUUCUUUGCCAGACACAGAACUAAACUCCUCUGAGCUUGAGAGAAAAGGAAUGGCCUCAAAUUUGUCCACACCCUCAUCAGAUAACAAGGUGUUUCCUACAAGCACUACAGCUGGAAAUAGCAGUAAACCGUCUGUAGCUUGUUACACUGUGUUAAACUUGGCAGAUAUCGUCAACUUGGCCUCACAAACCAUGGGACAAUCUGAGGGAAAUAGUGUAACAGCGAAAAACCUCAUUCUUAAAUAUCAGAAUUUUAACAACAACCUGACAAAUGUGGGCACACAACUAUCUCUUUCAAAGUCAUUCAAUCAAAGUGCAGAAUUACCAUCCAUUGGUGCCAGAUUACAGUCUUCAGAUCUUAAUACUGGUACCCAGUCUGGAAAUCCUAAUCCCACCCCUACACCAAUACGGCCGGCCUCUGACCUUAGGCAGCGCUCUAUUUUGUACAGAAUUUGUGCUAAUCAGCAAGUUUUGAACAAUGCUUUAUCUUUGGCCUCACCCAAUAAAAUGCUGCCGUGUGUGCAGAGGCAGCUGAUUGGACAAGCAUCCUCAGAGGUCAAGGCUGACUCCACUGAUAAGGAUGUACGACCAUCUGGAUCAAGGUCAUCAAUGUCAGACCUUGACUGGGAGUCCUUUACCUCACUGAGUGUAUUUGCUGAGGCCUUGGGAGGUCAGACAGGACUUCAGGAAUGUCUCAGUAAAGCCAGAGAAGCCAGCAAUGCAAGGAAACAGGCCAACAGUUCAUGUAGUCCUUCAGAUAAAAGUGGACAUCAGAGCAUUGGAAUCCCAUCCUUCACAAUAAGAGGCAACCUAGCUCUACCUCAACCAGACAUGUGGUACUUUUAUCAAGAUAUUGUAAAAGAGACCCACAGAUACAAGAGAUUACUCUGCGUUAUUGAUGACAUGAAACUGGAAGUCAGACAGUCACUGAUGGGAAUAAAGCCAGCUACAGAACGCCUUAAAAGAAAAAUGGCACAUGCUGAGAGCCUGAUUCAGAAGUGCAAAGCCAUUGCAUGUCUGCGAGAAAAACUAGCCACAGACAGGAGGAAGAGGUUGCAUAGUGUUAAAGCGACUGGAGAUAGGAGUGAUGGAACUGACAAAUCCAAGCUAGCAGCUUGACAGACAAAAUUGCUGUGUGUUCAUGCUAUGAACAGUUGUACCAGCAUUAA